GCCCUCGCCCGUCAGUUGUUGAAUUCAAUAUCGGCAAUUAUCGUGAUUCGUGAUUUAAAGAUUUAUCUUCUCGAUUGUAUAACAUUGCAAACUAUUUAUAAACUUGUACAUUUUAUGAAACAUUUAAUAUCUGAUCCUAAAUUGUUUCCAAAACAGGAAGUUGUGAGCCUUCAAAGAGUCUGGCUUUUGGUGUACGAAUUUCAGGAAUGGAACUGGUGUCGAUAGUGAAGGAGGUACUACAAAACGCGGCAGAGCGCGCGGCGAGCUACCGCAUGGGCCAGACAACGUUGCGGUACAUGGACCGAGCUCUGUGGAUCAUCGAGAAGAGCGCGCGAUGGGCCGUGCCGCCACCGCUGGAUCAAGACGAACGGCCUCAGCCAGAACUCAUCCGACCGCUGCCAUGGGUGCUAUUUUUCCCGCUCCUCAUAAUACUGAGGAUCACGAGAGAGUUUAUAUCGCUGGCCAACCUCGUACUGGGCAAACCACCAUUAAGGUCAGCUGAUGUGGUAACAUAUAUACAAGGAAAACGGCGUUACCUCCGCACACUAAAGUACCAGGGCAACAGAAUGAUGCGAGCCCGCACCGAGCCGGGCCGAGGCACACGGGAGUCUUGGUACAGCCAUCUGCAGACCCUCUUUGAGUUCACCAUGUGCUUCCGGAGACAGCACUAUGGGAAUAACAAUACACAGCUUAUUAACGGAGAUGAAGUUUUGGUAGUGAAACGUAACAAAAGAGUGCGCCAAGAAGCUAGGACGGUUGCUACGACCAAUGAGACGAGCAUGGAGCGUCUGAUAGAGAAGAUGAUGGUCGACAUAGACGUCGACUCGGAUGAGUCUUCCAGCUACACUUUAACAAACAUAACUAGUGGUAGAAGCGACCGAUCAGACUACAACACCGAAUCGGAUCAAGAAACAUCUUCAAAUAAUACACUGUUCAAACAAAGUCGCGACAACAAAUCAGUGAAACAAAGUAAUAAUGAUAUUUUCUCUAAAGAAAAUAACAUUGCAACAUCUACACCGGAGAAGAAAAACGCAGAUGAGUCGAUUGAUUCUAACCAAUCAAAUGAUUCCGUGACAAGGCUAAACAGAGAUAGCGAUACUAAACAAGCGAGAGACAAUGAUUCGAAAGCAGCUACGGCCGAUUUGAUACAAAAUGAAAUCGGCUCUCGUAGAAGUGAUUUUGGAUAUAGCCAAUAUAAAAUAUCAAAUGGAAGGAAGUCAAGAGACCUUACAGUGACCGAAAGAUAAAACGUGAACAUACCUA